AUGCAGGUAUUGUGGGUUUUUCUGUUCCUUGUCGGAUUUGAGUGCCAAGUUGUAUACCGAACUCGAUGGCCAAAGUAUGUCCCAAAAAAGAAAUAUCAUACGCCACGUAAGUCACUCGAUUACUGCAAUGGAAACCUUUGCCCCGGAAACUUAAAACAUCUUACUUGCGAUGUUCGUUUUUGGGCUGACAAAUGUGGUAAGGACCACGAAGGAAUAAGGCUGACCGAGUAUAGACAGGAUGGAGAAAAUGUGAACGAAUUUCGCAGAAGAGUGGAGCGGGGUCUCGGGAAUUUACCGACUGUGAAACUACCCCAAAUAAGAUGGGACGAGGACCUGUCUGUACUUGCGAUGCGGGUUACGAACCAGUGCACUGAGCACUCCUUUUCACCCUGCGUGAAUACGUUUCGUCACAAGAACGUAGGCGAGUCCUCGGAUUUCGUGGAGGUGCGCAAAACUAGUAAGGGCUUCAACAUUAUCAGCUUCCUCAAGAUGUGGUUCGAAUACUACAAGAUAAUGAAGCCCGCCGAUGUCCGAAGCUUUCCCGACGUAUCCCCAGCAGAUCACUUGAGAGUUUUUGCCAAUUUAAUUUAUGAGAAAAACACGUACAUGGGCUGCGGAAUGCUUAAAUCUGGGGAGCGCUUCUUAACGUGUCUCUUUAACACAAAGAUCGUCCCUAGAGUGCCGCUCUACAGGAUAUCGUCUUCCGGAAACUACCGAUUCAGGCGUCGUACAGCCAAUAAAACCAUAUCCAAAAACUUUAAGUAUUCGCAGCACAAUAAAGUAAAAACAUCUUAGUUCCUUUCAAUUUAAACCUCAUUUAAAAUCAAAUUCCGUGCUGGCUGUAACAUUAAUAUGUAAAUGUUCAAAUUGCAACUCGACAAAGUAAAUGUUAAAUGCAAUUUUAUAGAUAUAUUUUAUAGUUUUUCUUGAAAUUAGUACCCAGCUGAAUAGAUUUGCGGUUUCAACAGCUUGG